AUGUACCACUUCCAAUCAAGCCCUCAACCGCCAGCAUUCAACGGAGACUUUGAAUUCCACAGUGAGGUGUGGCUUCAAGCUAAUCCUUCUGCUGAUGACGCGAACCCGGCCUCCUCCUACUUGCCGCCACCUGAAGGGGACACGUUCACGAGCGCCCCCUAUGAGGAUUUCUCGGCUCCUCAAGGACUACACUUGACGGUACCAAACGGGAGCCUCUUCAACGAUCGCGGUGCUUUUUCAUACUCCCCAAGCAGCGUCGGCGACGGCUCGUACUUUAGCCAUUCGGGGGCGGGGAGCCCCGAGGAAGAGGAGAUGUUCGCAAACAGGGCGGCCGACGAGGGCGCAUCCGAGAUAGUGGUUGGUAAUGCCAGGUCCCCGGCUCAGAAAAGCACAAGGAGAGGCUCGGAGACCAGGAUCACCGAUAUGGCUAGUCGUAGACGAGUUCAAAAUCGAACGGCACAGACCAAGUAUAGAGAGAAGAAGAAACAGCAAGUCCAAGAACUGACGGCGGAGAAUGAAUCACUUAAAUCCGAGCUCGAACGACUUCGAUCCCAACUCACUCAACGUAUCCGGGAGCGGGAUAUGGCCUGGUCCAGAAAUCGAUCUCUGUACAAGACUCUGUCUGGCAUGGGCUAUGUCCAGCAAAUCCAGCCAGGAGGAUGGGGGGCCGGUGAUGGUUCCGUCAGUCAGCCAACAGAUGGCAUGGGAUACGACGAGGAUGAAGAUGCCGAGGGAGAGGAGGUCGAUGUAUAG